UUCAAUAAGUUCUUAGAUACGCAGCGCAACGGUUGAUUAGUGUGUUUGUUGCUUGAAAAUCGUACAUAUGUUUUUUUUGGAACGUGAAUAAUUUUUAAACCACAAUCGGUUAUAUAUUAUAUUUACCGUGAAACAUUCAAAUUAUUUUAAUUUAUUUUGCCGCGUGUCUCUUAUCAUUUUCAAAUUUAUUAUCUAUAAUUUCUUUUACUUCAUCUGAAAGACAUCAUCCAAAAAUGAAGAUACCAAUAUUUGUUGCCCUGUUCUUCCUGACUUCUACUCAAUACUCAUAUGCAUACAAAAUUCUCUUUAUGGGCCCAUUUCCAGCACCAAGUCACUGGUUGUGGCUGGAACACUUCGUCAAUGGACUUAUCGAACGAGGACAUCAUGUAACUACAAUUACAAACUUCCAUUCAAAGACGCCAAAUAAGAACUUAACUGAAGUUGUUUUAAAUCCAAAAUUCGAUAUUCCCAAACACUAUCCAAAAAGUGCUAUAUUCAGCUUGAGAUUCAGUAGCGAUUUUCAAAACCUUCAAAUGUGGUGGGAUAUAGGAGUGCGUACAUCCGAACACGCUCUUAAUGAUGUUAACGUUAAAAAAUUAAUUCAAAGUCAACAAAAGUUUGAUUUGAUUAUUUUGGAGCAGUUUUUCCACGAAAGUUUUCUAAUGUUCGCACACAAAUUCAAUGCUCCAAUUGUAACAAUAGGAACUAUGGGUUAUGCGGAUAAUAUGGAUCACGCUAUGGGUCUCCUUACACCCAUUUCUAUCAUUCCACAUUUGUUGCUAUCUUAUACUGACAAUAUGUCAUUUAGCCAAAGAGCAUACAAUACUUAUUUAUCACUUUACGACUACGUUUUUCGUAGGUGGCAUUAUAUGCCACAAAUGCAGGAUAUGGCUGAACGGCAUUUUAUGAAUUCAAUCAAAGGGCCUCUACCAUCUGUUAGAGAAUUGGAGAAAAAUAUUUCUUUAAUGUUGAUAAACAGUCACCGUAGUAUUGACUUACCGAGGCCAAGUAUGCCUGGCCUAAUUAAUGUUGGAGGUAUUCACAUUUUGCCUUCUAAAGAACUUCCCAAAGAUUUGAUGGAGUUCAUCGAAAACUCAAAGAACGGUGUAAUAUAUUUCAGUCUUGGGUCCUAUAUGAAGAGUACUGAUAUGCCGGCGGAUAAAAUUCAAAUUAUUAUAAACGCAUUCAGUCAACUUAAUCAAAGUGUACUCUGGAAAUAUGAAGACGAAAGUAUACAGAAUCUUCCUAAAAAUGUAAUGAUCAAAAAAUGGAUGCCACAAAAUGAUAUUCUGGCUCAUAAAAAUGUAAUUUUAUUUAUAACACAUGGUGGUUUAUUCGGAACACAAGAAGGAAUACACUGGGGUGUUCCAAUGCUGUGCAUGCCUUUGUAUGGAGAUCAGCAUCGAAAUACGAUCAAAUCCGUUCGCGAGGGAUAUGCAUUACCUAUUGUAUUUUCAAAACUUACAGAAACUGAAUUGGUCACCAAGAUUAAACAACUAGUUGAGAACCCAGAGUACACGCGGAAGGCAAAAGAGCUGUCAACUCUUUUUAGAGAUAACCCAAUGCAUCCCAAAGAUGAAGCCAUGUUUUGGAUUGAAUAUGUGAUAAGAAAUAAAGGUGCACCAAAGCUGAAGUCUUUUGGAGUUCAUGUGCCAUUCUACAAAUAUGUUUUGUUAGAUGUAUUUUUUGCUGUUUUAUGUUUCAUCCUUAUUAUUCUAUUUAGUACGUUUAAACUGAUAAAAUUUCUACUUUCAUUCUGUAAAAACACUUUGAAAGCAAAAAAUGAAUAGCGGAGUUGUGCUUUAGGUACAUACAGACUCCUUUAUUAAAUAAAAUCAAUAAAAACAAAUAUUGUAAUAUUAAA